AAUAUUUAAUGUUACUGUGAGUCUGAAAAUCUUCCUAGACAUAUUGCAGGCAAGGGUUUUUAUUCCAGCCAACAAUUAGCAGCAGUACCAUCAGGGAGCAUCUGGUGGAACAAAAUCCUCUUUUGUAUUGCAUUGCUUAUAGCAGGUGUAGGCUGAGGUCUGAAAGGCUCUGAAAGGGGUGUGAGCUUUAUUCAGCUCCAGAAAAUCCCAGAGGGCAUUGUGUUUUUGUGCCAUACUGUAUGAUGUGCUCUUCAUUAUAGAGUAGUUGCAGUUUCCUUUGUGGAUCUGACUUUUCAUUGAGUCAAGUAAGUCAAGCAGCAGCAACACGGGCUUGGAGGCAACCUACUGCAGACAGAAGAGGAGCUAACCUAGAAAAGAUUUGGUUAUCUGCAAAAUAUAUAUAUAAAUCUCUAGACAACGAGGUGGAGAAUAAUUCAUCAAAAAAAAAGUUGAGAACAAAUUCUUUUUUAUAUAGAAGAACGGAGAGGGCAGAAGGCACUGCUUGCUUUGGAGUCUACUAGAUGAAUGGUGAAGCUCCAAUCCAGCUGGUGGUAAUAAAGAAUUAGUUUGAUAUUGCACCAAGUUUUUUUACCCAGCAGGAGAAGGAGCUUUGAUUUUGGCGCAAGGAUUCAGUCUUUUUGUCACAUCUGCAAGAUGAGCUUGAUGUUGAGCGGCCACUGAAGGUGACUUGGAGAUGCAGUGAGCCAAGAAGGACCAAGCGAGCAGAGGCAUUGAGAAGUGGGAGAAGAACUUUCCCUUGGGUGGUUGGUGGGUCGUUAAAAGGCUCCCUGUUGGCCAAGUGAAACUUAGAAGUGGAAGAAGAGCCUAAGCACCAAGCUGUGAAGUGAAGAAGAGCCUCAGCGGAAGAGAGAGAAGGGGAGAGAGGGAGAAGCGUUCAUUGAUUUCCCUUCCUUCCGAAUCUGGAAAUAAUUAAAAAAAGAAAACUCGUCGGCUCUUAUGGGAAUAAAGCACUCCUCCCGCUGCCUGCUCCUGAGGAGGAAGAUGGCUGACUCUGAGAACACCGAGGUUCUUAGUGGACCCUCCCAACCGGUUCAGCGCGUGGUCAUUCCCAAGCCUAUGCCACCACCGCCUAUUCAAAAAGUCAUACAUACCCCUAUUAAACCGAGCUUCCCUGGGAGAGGGAAAAUGGCUAAAUUGUUAAAUCCAGAAGAGAUGACGUCGAGGGAUUACUAUUUUGAUUCCUAUGCCCAUUUCGGAAUUCACGAGGAAAUGUUGAAGGAUGAAGUCCGCACGCUAACGUACAGGAACUCCAUGUAUCACAAUAAACAUGUCUUUAAGGAUAAAGUUGUCUUGGAUGUGGGUAGCGGUACUGGGAUUCUUUCUAUGUUUGCUGCCAAAGCUGGAGCACGGAAAGUAUACGGGAUCGAAUGCUCCAGCGUCUCGGACUAUUCCGAAAAAAUCAUCAAAGCAAAUCACUUGGACAACAUAAUUACAAUAUUUAGGGGAAAGGUCGAAGAGGUGGAAUUACCAGUGGAUAAGGUGGAUAUCAUCAUUACUGAGUGGAUGGGCUACUGUUUGUUCUACGAGUCCAUGCUUAAUACGGUCAUCUUUGCACGAGAUAAAUGGCUGAAACCUGGAGGGCUGAUGUUUCCUGAUCGAGCUGCCCUAUAUAUCGUUGCAAUAGAAGACAGACAAUAUAAGGACUUCAAGAUCCACUGGUGGGAAAACGUCUAUGGAUUUGAUAUGACGUGCAUCCGGAACGUCGCAAUGAAAGAGCCACUGGUGGAUAUUGUGGACCCAAAGCAAGUGGUCACCAAUUCCUGCUUGAUAAAGGAAAUUGACAUUUACACGGUAAAGACGGAAGAAUUAGCGUUCACAUCAGCAUUCUGCCUUCAGGUGCAGAGGAAUGACUACAUUCACGCGUUGGUUACGUAUUUCAGCAUUGAAUUUACGAAAUGUCACAAAAAGAUGGGGUUUUCCACAGCUCCCGACGCACCGUAUACUCACUGGAAACAGACCGUCUUCUACCUGGAGGAUUAUCUCACUGUGCGAAGAGGAGAAGAGCUUUAUGGGACAAUAUCCAUGAAACCAAACGCAAACAACAUUCGUGAUCUGGACUUCACUGUAGAACUGGAUUUCAAGGGGCAGCUUUGUGAAGCUUCCAUUUCCCACGACUACAAAAUGCGCUAGUUGUACGACAUGCAAAGGCUCCCGGGCCCCCUCUACCUGCCAUACUUGAAGUCUCUGAAUUCUUCUCUGGGGGCAGAGAUGUGUUCAGCAGACAGUCGACUCCGAGCGCUGGUCAUUAGCCGCCGACGGCAGCAGGAAAUAAGCAAAUUAAGAAAACGUAGUAAUGAUGGAAAUCACGAAUAAACAGAUUGAG